UGUGACCCGGAUGUGGAACUCCUAGGCAACGGCGGAAGUGGCCUGAGGAGGAGCAGGAGGCGGCGGACGAGGACGGAGGAGGAGGAGGAGGAGGAGGAGCUCGGACAGGCCCCCCAGGGACGCAGCGCCCCACUCCCCCGCCCGACCGCCCGCCCGCCCGCCCGCCCGCCGGCACCAUGAGUGACCAGCAGCUGGAUUGUGCCUUGGAUUUGAUGAGGCGUCUGCCUCCCCAACAGAUUGAGAAAAACCUCAGUGACCUGAUUGAUUUGGUGCCCAGCCUCUGCGAAGACCUCCUGUCCUCCGUCGACCAGCCCUUGAAGAUCGCCCGCGACAAAGUGGUCGGGAAGGACUACCUGCUCUGCGACUACAACAGAGAUGGAGACUCGUACAGAUCCCCGUGGAGCAACAAAUACGACCCACCCCUGGAAGACGGCGCCAUGCCCUCGGCCCGCCUGCGGAAGCUGGAGGUGGAAGCGAACAACGCCUUCGACCAAUACAGAGACUUGUAUUUCGAAGGAGGCGUCUCGUCCGUCUACCUCUGGGACUUGGAUCACGGAUUUGCCGGCGUGAUUCUCAUUAAGAAAGCUGGCGACGGAUCAAAGAAGAUCAAGGGGUGCUGGGACUCCAUCCACGUGGUGGAAGUGCAGGAGAAGUCCAGCGGCCGCACAGCGCAUUACAAGCUGACCUCCACGGUGAUGCUGUGGCUGCAGACAAACAAAACCGGCUCCGGCACCAUGAACCUCGGCGGCAGCCUCACCAGACAGAUGGAGAAAGACGAGACGGUGAGCGACUCUUCCCCACACAUAGCCAACAUCGGGCGUUUGGUAGAGGACAUGGAGAAUAAAAUCAGGAGUACGCUGAACGAGAUCUAUUUCGGGAAAACGAAGGACAUCGUCAAUGGGCUGAGAUCUAUUGACGCUCUCCCCGACAACCAAAAGUAUAAGCAGUUGCAGCGGGAGCUCUCCCAGGUCCUGACCCAGCGCCAGAUGUACAUCCAGACCGAUGAUAACUAAGGGCCACCCCAGGACCGUGCAGACCCUUGCGGACAAAUCGAAGCAGGAAGCGCUGAAGAACGACCUGGUGGAGGCUCUGAAGAGGAAGCAGCAAAGUUAGGACGAGGAGGGAAAGGCAGACGAGACCUGGGUCGGCGCUCACAAAAACCAUGCCAUGUGGUUCAUUAUAGAUUUCCUCUCUUUCUCUUUCUCUCUUUUUCGUUUGUUUCAUCCCUUAGACGACAUUUGUUUUCCUCCCUUUUCCUUGCCAUCUGCCUGCCACCGACGUGUUAUUUUUUUUUCUUUGUCCUCCGUCAUACGGUAUUUCUUCCAAAUCACGACCGACAAAUAAAGCUGUAUAAACUUUUUGCUUUUCCCUUUUCCCUCCGUCCCUUUUUCGCCUUGAAAGGUUUUAUUUCCAAUCCCUUUUAUUUACUCUGCGCUCUUUUUGCCUCUUUUUUGGUGUAAAAAAAAAAAAACGCCUGUAAAAUGGGACAAAAUAAUAACAACUUCCUCUAUUCAAACCCGACACUCGGCUUGCUUCCGAACCAGAAUGCUUUCUUUGUAUUUUCUAUGGAAUGCAAAAGAAUUGGUUAUUAUUAUUAUUAUUUUAAUUUUGAUUUUUUUUCUCCCUUCUUUUCCCAUUUGGUUGGUUGGUUGUUCUUUUUUCUUUCUUUUUGAGAAAAAAAAUAUAUAUAUUCUGUAACGCUUCGAUUGGAAUCUCCAUCUUAUCCUUGAGCCUCCGUAACUUCAAAAAGGACAAAAAAAGGAAAUAAAUCACAAAAAACAGA